AUUAUCGUUUCGGUUCGGCACGUUGCGGGUCGCUUCUUUUGUUGUUGAACUUUUAAAAUAGUUAAAAUUUGCUUGAAAAUAGUGCAGCAAACAGCGCAAAAUGUCCUCCUUCUUCCUCAAGGGCAAGCCCCGAACGGCCACCAAACGAAAGUUCCAAAAGCCGGACAAAAAAGACAAGAAGCCCAAGGCGGCAACGCAAAAAGCGGACCCCGAAUCCGAGGAGGAACUGGACAGCGAUGAGGAGGAGGAGCGCACGCUGGCGAACGCGUCCCGCAAGUUCACCUUCGACGACGAGGAGGACGGCCUAGCGGAAACGGCCCAGGACAAGCGGCUGAGGUUGGCCAAGAAGUACCUGAAGGGCGUGGAGGAGGCGGAACGGGAACGGGCGGAAGAUCGCGACGCGGAGGAGGAGCUGGAGGGGAACGUUUCGGCAGCGUUGAGGGAGGACUAUCUGGAGAGCAUCGGGAAGUUGUACCGGGAGGUUGCGGAUUCGUACCGGGGGUUCGAUUUGGAGCGGGCGGUCACGUUGCGCCACAAGCAGCAGAAUCUGUCGCCGACGUGUCUCUGCCUGACGGAGGACGAUCGCUUUCUGUACGUGGCGAACAAGAACGGGAUCGUGGUGCGGUGGAAUGUGGCCACGGGAGAACGGAUGGCGGCGACGAAGGCCCAGCGGACGGCCGUUCAGGCGUUGGCCAUUUCGCACGAUUUGCGGUUUUUGGUGGUGGCCGAUGGGAGCGACGAGAUAAAGGUGCUGAACGGGGAAACGCUGGAGCGGGUGAACAGCUUGAGUGGGCACUCGGACGUGGUGACCGGGGUGGUGUUCCGGCGGAACACGCACACGCUGUACUCGUGCAGCAAGGACCGGACGGUGAAGGUGUGGUCGCUGGACGAGAUGCUGUACGUGGAGACGCUCUACGGCCACCAAUCCCCGGUGACGGCCAUCGACGCGCUCUCCCGCGAGCGCUGCAUCACCGCCGGCGGCAGCGACGCCUCGAUCCGCAUCUGGAAGAUCGUCGAGGAGUCCCAGCUGGUGUACCAGUGCCCGCCGGUCGAGAGCAUCGAGUGCGUCCGGCUGAUCGGGGACGAGCACUUUGUGUCGUGCGGAACGGACGGCUCGCUGUCGGUGUGGAGUUCCGGCCGGAAGAAGCCGAUGGACACGGUCCGGUUGGCGCACGGGAGCAGUUUGGCCAAUGGGGAGGCAAACUGGAUUAGUGCGGUCGCGUCGCUGCUCAACACGGACGUGAUCGCGUCGGGGUCGUGCGACGGGUUUGUCCGGUUGUGGCGGUUGGUGGGGAGCGGAAAGGUGAUCAAGCCGUUGAUGGAGAUUCCGGUGGAGGGGUUCGUCAAUGGGUUGGCGUUUAGCAGCGAUGGGAAGAGGUUGUUUGUUUGCGUUGGGCAGGAACAUCGGCUUGGACGGUGGUGGACGCUGAAGCAGGCCAAGAACCGGACGAUCGUAGUGCCGCUGGAGGUCGUGGAGGUUGAGGAGAAGAAGAGCAAGAAGGGGAAGAGGAAAAGUGUGAAUAAAGUUGAAUAAAUAUCGUUGAUUUGGGCUUGAAAAAA